CGAACGAGUGAAGGAGAAGCUAGCAAGAAAGAAGAAGAAGGAUGACGAAGAAAUCAUCAUUGGUGUUCGUUCCAGCGCCGGCCGUCGGUCACAUAGUUUCAGCCAUUGAACUUGCGAAGCUUCUGGUUGCUCGAGAUGAUCGUCUUUCCAUCACUGUUCUUGUCAUCAAGAUUCCUAAUUCCCCAAGCUUAAACUCUAUCAUUGAUUCGCUUGGCGCCGCUUCCCUCACCGGCAUCCGUUUCAUCCACUUGCCUCAACUGGAACUUCCCUCACCGGACAUGGCUCAGUCCGUAGAAGGCAUCGUAUCUAUCUUCAUAGACAACUACAAGCCAUUCGUCAAAGAUGCCAUCACCCAACUCUUCUUCACGUCCCAAUCACAAACUCGGUCACGACUCGCCGGGUUAGUCAUCGAUCUUUUCUGCACCUCCAUGAUCGACGUAGCUAACGAACUCGGCAUCCCUUCCUACCUCUUCUUUACAUCCACUGCAGGUCUUCUCAGUCUCAUGCUUCAUCUCCCGUUCCUCGAUACCCAAAUCCAUACCAAUUUCAAGGACUCGGAGACUGAGUUCGUCAUCCCUGGUUUCAUCAACUCAGUUCCACCACAUGCUUUGCCUUCGGCAAUAUGGAGCAAAGGCCAAGACGGGUACACGUGGUACCUCUACCAUGGCCGGCGGUUCAGUGAAACGAAGGGUAUUAUCGUUAAUACGUUCGCCGAACUUGAACCACAGCUAAUCAGUUUCUUCUCAUCCAACGGUCGAACCCCACCUGUAUAUCCGGUCGGACCAUUACUUGACCUUCAGGGUCAGAUGCACUCGCAGUUGGACCAGACCAACUUCGAGAGCAUCAUCAAGAGAUGGCUCGACGAUCAGCCACCGUCCUCGGUGGUGUUGCUGUGCUUCGGCAGCUUUGGGAGCUUCGGUGUGCCGCAGGUGAAGGAGAUCGCACUUGGGCUCGAGCGGAGUGGGCACCGAUUCCUGUGGUCUUUGCGUCAGCCGUCUCAAGGGUUUACUAAUCCCACCGACUACACGAAUCCCAAGGAAGUGUUACCAGAGGGGUUCUUGGAUCGGACGGCUGAGAGAGGAUUGGUGUGUGGGUGGAUCCCACAAGUGGCUGUUCUGGCACACCGUGCGAUCGGAGGAUUUGUGUCUCACUGCGGGUGGAACUCAACGUUGGAGAGCAUUUGGUUCGGUGUGCCGAUCGUAGCUUGGCCAUUGUAUGCGGAGCAGCAUUUGAAUGCGUUCGAGAUGGUGAGGGACUCGGAGUUGGGUGGAUUAAUGGUGGAGUUGAGGUUGGAUUAUAGGGGAGGAGGUGAUGAUUUGGUAACAGCGCAGGAGGUGGAGAGAGCGGUGAGGCUUUUGAUGGAUUCCAAUUGUGAGGUAAGGAUGAGGGUCAAGGAGAUGCAGAAGAUGAGUAGGACGGUUCUAAUGGAUGGUGGAUCUUCGUUUACUUCUUUGGGAUGCUUGAUUAAGGAUCUACUAGAUGAGAGUUGAGAAAAUAGGGGAUCAUACUAUCAUAGUGGGGUCUUGCCUUGUUGAAAUUUUCUUUUUUUAUUU